CCGGACCCUGGCGCCCAGAUGGGGCCGAACUAGGGGGCCCGGGGCGCGCUGUGAGCGCUAAGAUGGCUGCUCGGGCUCGUGCCGAAUUCUUUGCUGACUUUAUAUUGCCCAUAGACAAUUUGAGGAGUGAUGCAGACCAGGAAUCCUCCAAGACCCAGUUUUCAGAUGCUUCCAGUGUUGUGAAGAGAGGCCCGUCUGGAUUAUGCGUUUCCCAGACGGACUAGCUGCCCGCUAACAAUGGAUAGGUGUAAGCACAUUGCGGAGCUGCAGCUUGCCCAAGGCCAUUCCAUCCUAGACCCUCAGAAAUGGUACUGUAUGGUCUGCAACACGACAGAGUCGAUUUGGGCUUGCCUCAGCUGUCCCCACGUCGCCUGUGGGAAGUAUAUCCAAGAGCACGCACUGAAGCACUUUCAAGAAAGCAGCCAUCCCGUUGCAUUCGAGGUGCACGACAUGUACGUCUUCUGUUAUCUCUGUAACGAUUAUGUCCUAAACGAUAACGCAGCUGGAGACCUGAAGUCACUGCGAAGUACCCUGAGUGCAAUCAAAAGUCAAAAAUACCCUUGCGUGGUUCAGAGUGACUCGGUUUUACAGCCUGUGGAUGCACAGGAUGAUACUUACUCCUUACACGACGGCACCCAGUCUCUACCUGGAAAUGACGAUCCAAUGUGCACAGCCCUCUGGCACAGGAGGCGGGUGCUCAUGGGCAAAACCUUUCGAACUUGGUUCGAACAGUCACCGAUUGGGAGAAAAAGGCAAGAGCAAACUCAGGAGAGAACCGUAGCCAAACGAGAGGCGAAGAGGAGGCAGCAGGAGUUAGAGCAGCAGAUGAAGGCCGAGCUGGAGAGCACACCUCCGCGCAAGAGCUUACGCUUGCAAGGCCUGUCCGAGGCGGCCACGAUCGAGAUCGGUCCGGUGCAGGCGCCGCCACCGCCACCGCCUCCACCCCCGCCGCUACCGCCCCCCGCCCCCCGCCGCCCCCCGCCACCACCACCGCUGCCUCCAGCUUCCCCAGCCAAGGAUAAAGCCGCGCCGCCUACCUCGGAAGACGUAAGACUUAAAAAAGUAAGUGACUCCUUAAUCAAGCGAAGGCCGGCCGUAACUCCUGGUGUAACGGGACUGAGAAAUUUAGGGAAUACUUGCUAUAUGAAUUCCGUUCUUCAAGUGUUGAGUCAUUUACUCAUUUUUCGACAGUGUUUUUUAAAGCUUGACCUGAACCAGUGGCUGGCUGUGGCCGCCAGCGACAAGGCCCGGUCCUACAAACACUCUGCUGUCACGGAUGCAGCCGCGGCGGGGGCGGCCCAUCAGAUGAACGAAGGGCAAGAGAAAGGCUUCGCGUGCUCCAGAUAUUCGGGUUUAGCAUCAGGCCUGAGCGGAGGGGCCUCGAAAGGUCGGAACAUGGAACUUAUCCAACCCAGGGAGCCCAGUUCACCGUACAGUUCUCUCUGUCAUGAGCUACACACCCUGUUCCAAGUCAUGUGGUCUGGAGAGUGGGCCUUGGUCUCGCCCUUCGCAAUGCUCCACUCCGUGUGGAAGCUGAUCCCGGCUUUCCGUGGCUACGCCCAGCAAGACGCUCAGGAAUUUCUUUGCGAACUUCUGGAUAAGAUACAACGGGAGCUAGAGACAACCGGAACCAAGUUACCAGCUCUCAUCCCCACUUCCCAAAGGAGACUGAUCGAGCAAGUUCUGAAUGUCGUAAAUAACAUUUUUCACGGACAACUUCUUAGCCAGGUUACAUGUCUUGCUUGUGACAACAAAUCAAAUACCAUAGAGCCGUUCUGGGACCUGUCGCUGGAAUUCCCAGAGCGAUACCAAUGUAGUGGGAAAGACUCUGCCUCCCAGCCGUGUCUGGUUACUGAUAUGUUGGGCAAAUUUACAGAAACAGAAGCUUUAGAAGGGAAAAUCUACGUGUGCGAACAUUGUAACUCAAAGCGUAGAAAGUUUUCAUCCAAACCAGUUGUACUCACAGAAGCCCAGAAACAGCUUAUGAUUUGCCACCUACCUCAGGUUCUCAGACUGCACCUCAAACGAUUCAGAUGGUCAGGACGCAAUAACAGAGAGAAGAUCGGUGUUCAUGUUGUCUUUGAGGAAACCUUAAACAUGGAGCCCUAUUGCUGCAGGGAGACCCUGGACGCUCUCAGACCAGAGUGCUUUAUCUAUAAUUUAUCUGCUGUUGUAAUCCACCACGGAAAGGGAUUUGGCUCAGGACACUACACUGCCUACUGCUACAAUUCUGAAGGAGGGUUCUGGGUACACUGCAACGACUCCAAGCUGAGCAUGUGCACUAUGGAGGAAGUACGCAAGGCCCAAGCUUAUAUCUUAUUUUAUACUCAGCGAGUUACUGAGAACGGACAUUCAAAACUCUUGCCUCCUGAGCUCCUGUCCAACAGCCAACACCCCAGUGAAGAAACUGACGCCUCUUCUAAUGAAGUCCUUAGCUGAUCCAGACAGUGGGCUCGCGUUAUUUGUAUAUAUACUUUUUAAAUGGGCUGACUUACGAUGCUGCGCUUCGUUGUUUUUAUUCUGUAAUUAUGAUCAGGGCCUGCUGUGUUUAGACAUUGUGUACCUAACUACAAAGUUUUUCUUUUCUUUUUUUUUUUUUACAGAGACAAACUAUAAAUAUAUGUAUAUCAACUAUAGGCCAACUAAACUUUUUUCAAAUAUUUGAGUUUUAUACUUUUAGUGUUUACCUCAGACUAUUAUUACCUCUUAUAUUUUGAUGUCUUAAUUGCCUCAAAUCAUGAAUUUGUGCAAUCGACUAAAGAAAUUCAGGUGGCAUCAUUUUAUAUAUAUUACUUAUUUAUCUUUUGUAGCUGUUUUCUGUAUAGAUUCUAACUACAUGAGAAGGAGAUGCUCUUCACAGACUGUCUUACUAAGCAAAGAAAGCCAUUGGUAUACUGACUGACUCCAGUUGUGCCCCCUUGGAGGUCAAUAGAUGUGAAGUGAAAUAACUGAAGUAUCCCCUAGUUCCCGUUAUUCCUGAGGCUUUGUGCUUCUACAGGGCUCAGAACAGAUUGAAUGCAGGUACUGGUUUUUUCACAAGAUUCACUGCUUCCAUAACUGUCCUUUAUUGAGCACAAGUUCAAAAUGGAAAUAGCAGGUUUACACUUGGCACACUUCAAUGAACUUUGGAACUAUGGGCAAUGAAAAAUAGUUCUAAAAAAGCAGUCACAAAAUUUUGAAUUUAGCAAACCAGUAUAUUAUGUUAUACAAAUGUAGUUUAUCUUGAGAAUGAGUUUUUAAUUAUUUUAGAUCUACUAAAUACUUGAGAUUUUUUUUAAAAUUUUAUUUCAAAGGAAUCAGACCGAUGCAUAGGGACAGAUAUGUAAGGCAGGAGAAGACAACAGUGGAAGCACGGCUCACGGGUGUUACAGCUAAGAUCCCACUUUUCUUGAUGUAACCUAAGCCUGACUCUUGCUAGGAUUAUGUGACCACUGGGAAUCUCUCAGUGCACUGGCCCCUCUUUAAAAACACUACAAGUGAUCUAAACUUGAAUUUACUGAAAGCAAGAGGGAUUUCUUCUGCUGUGUUCUAAAGAAAGCUUUCCAGGUCUUACAGAGCCCUGCUGCUGCUGCCGCCGCCACCCCACCACCAUGCCAAGGCCGCUGCCACCCAACCUGCUCAGGAAGGGGGCUCCACCAACCUACACAUCCCAAGGUACCUGUUAGCUACUGGGAGAGAUUUUAUCCCUUCUUGCUAAAUAAAGUGACUUUAUUUAUAGCUUACUUCUAAGCCAGGAAGAGUUAGUUGUCUUUAGCACAGACUUCUAAAAGGACUGUCACCUGGGGCAGCUUAUUAACAAACUUCAACAAAAACACAUCAACCUAUGAAAGAAUCAUUUGUGCCAAAAAUACAGCUGGAGUAACAUUAGGUCUGAAAGAGCUCACUUAACCAACACAUAUGCAAGUUGUUGCAUCAGUUGUUAAAUAUACCUCAUUAAAGAUUUAUGUGAUAAAGGUACAGAGUCUAGCCUUUAAUUCCAAGAACUGUUUUUUUGAAUCAAUACAUUGUAGCACCUUAUUUUUACUGGUAUUUAAAGGGAAGAAACAAAACAUAAAACGAGCAAUGCAACAGACUUUUUGUUGUGAAUCUAAAAUUGCAUUAAAAAAAAAACAAAACCCAAAUGAUGAAAAGAAACUUCAGUUUCUUAUUAAAUACCUCAA